CCGGGACCGUGAUCAGAUAGGUGGGACUGAUUCCAGGUUGGUGUGCGUAUUAGUUAUCUAGCAGUGGUAAGCAGAAUGUGGUGCAUGCUCACCUUACCAGCAGUUCUAUCUGUGCUGCAAACUACAAUGGCUGCACCAUUGGUGGUGAAUACCUGGGGUUUCACCAAUGCCACUGAAACAGCUUGGCAGGUGCUGAUGGCGGCGGGCUCGGCGCUGGAUGCCGUGGAGAUCGGGUGUACCACCUGCGAGAAGCUGCAGUGCGACGGCACGGUCGGCUUCGGCGGUAGCCCAGACGAGAACGGCGAGACCACGCUGGAUGCCAUGAUCAUGGACGGGGCCACGAUGAAGGUGGGGGCCGUGGGCUGCCUACGGCGCGUCAAGAGCGCGGCGUCAGUGGCGCGCGCCGUCCUCGAGCACACGCGCCACACGCUGCUGGUCGGCGAGCUGGCCACCCAGUUCGCCGUCCAGAUGGGCUUCCAUGAGGAGAGCCUCGAGACUAAACACUCGCGCCAACUGUACGAGGACUGGAAACGGAGAAGCUGCCAGCCCAACUUUUGGACGAAUGUGGAGCCUGACCCAUCGGACUCGUGCGGCCCGUACCGCCGCGGCCGGGCAGCGCCACAGCAGCACGAGCCGUCCUGGGCGGGCCCGGCCAGCCACGACACCAUCGGCAUGGUGGCCAUCGACGGCCGUGGCCAGAUGGCCGCCGGCACCAGCACCAACGGAGCUAUCCACAAGAUACCCGGCCGCGUGGGAGACAGUCCAGUGCCCGGCGCCGGCGCGUACGUGGACGGCGAAGUGGGCGGCGCCGUGGCCACCGGCGACGGUGACGUCAUGAUGCGCUUCCUGCCGAGCCUGGUGGCGGUGGAGGCAAUGCGCGCGGGCGCGGCGCCGACCGACGCCUGCCGCGCCGCCAUGGCGCGCAUUGUGGCGCGCCACCCGGACUUCGUCGGCGCGCUGGUGGCCGUGGCGCGAACCGGAGAGCACGGUGCCGCCUGUCACGGACUGGAGAGCUUCCCGUACAGCGUGGCUGAAGGCGGGCGGGCUGGCGCGCGCGUGGUGCGUGUGAGCUGCCAGUAAGGCGCCGACUGGCACUCUGCGUGGAUGUCAGACCCUCCUUUACGGCUCACUGCGUCCGCCGCUACUUACCCCUGGUCACGUGAUGGCCCGAUCUAGCGAGGUCGGCGAUGCGGGUUGAGGCUGGUUGACGAGCACCAGUUUGGUCACGUGGCACCUGGCUUGUGGUUGGGCCUGCUCGCGGACGGCCGCGACAGUAGGCUCCGUCUGUGUCUGAGCUUUCAGCAUCUGGCCGAGUCCGUCGCAAGACUCUGUAAUCCAGUCUGCCAGCGGGUCCCUUGUGCGCGGGUGUUGAAUCAGGGUCGAUUUAAUUUGUUACAGUACAGUUUUUUCUUGAAUGUUCCUUACCAACUCGCUAUAUGCUGCAUUUCAGCAGACAAUUGUAACUGCGGCAUGAAAUGUGGCAUACAAUACGUUAACAUUUGCUGCAUCGUGAACCGACCGCUAACUCUUCAUUCGAUUUCAGUUCACGCGCUGGCACGCAGCGGCGCUGGCUAUCAAGCGCCAGAGUGUACUUGUCAUGACUGCCCGCCCACUGUUGGGAACCAUGGCCGCGCGGCCGCUGGUGCGUUGCCGCGCGUGCGGCCGGUCAGAUGGGUGACGGGCCACCUUGCUCGUGUCCCUUGUGAUCCUUCCUGACCAUUGCUCAACAGAAGUAUACAAAAAGUACCUCUUCUAGUAUCGUAAGUAUACGGAAGUAUCCCUAGCGGUGGACCGCGAUGCUCGCUGCCAGAACGCCAAAUGACCAUACGGAAAGUGGGCGGUUUUGCUGGUGUGUGUGUGUGUGUGUAUGUUGCAUCUUAUGACCAUCAUGAAACGUGGAAACAUGUAACCCGUUCUGCUGCGGGUAAUUGAACUCAGUAGUGCCAAACUACUGAAUGAUGCAGUGUCUUUCAGUACUAUUCUUUUCCCAUGCGGAACAAUGUUUCAAGUAAGACUAUGCUCAGACCUUGACAUUUCAGGACAGCAAUGUGUCUUGCUUUGUUUAAUGCUCCAGUGAAAUUCAUAUGUCGACGUAGGUAGGUCAACUGGAAAAUGGAUGUUGAUACGAAGCGCCGUUUCUCGGGCAGCCAUGCCCAGGUGAUGCUCGGAAACGAUAGUACGUGUUACGGGUACAUUGAAUGAUAAACUGCAACAUCCGUACGGAUUUCCUAGAGAAUUGGCUCCCAACUGUUAGGCGGAGAAAAGGCCUGACAUCAGGUGCUACCUGCGGGUUUGGAUAUGGAUCUGCUACACCUGGC